CCUAAACCAACACUGCUGCUUCCGCGUGCAUUCGGUAAAAGAAAAACUGCAACCAACGACUUGAUGACAACUUAAAGAAAACGUUUUCAUCUUGACGUACGACUGCUUCACUACACGUGCUGGGUUAAAAUUACACGUCAGAGGAAUUGUCUUUGUAUUAAGCCACCAAAAAGACGCAGGCCUCCCAGCUCAAGAGGAGACAUGGAUUUAAACGACUUUGUGGUGCUUCCCAAAUCAAAAUCUUUACAAUUUGGUGCCAGAAGUCCACAAGGCCUGCAGUUGGAGACGGUGACUCUGGCCCAGCAGGGCAAUGAGCUUGAAGAGAAACUGCAAAAGCUGAAAGAGAGUAUGAGAAGAGAGAAAGACGAGAGGGGGCAUUCAGGAAUUUCAUAUCGGAAGGCAGAACAAUUAGGAUCAAUAAACAGCAGUGCUCUGAUGCAAGACUCCAAGAAAAUCCAAAAGCAUUCAUCAAUGAGUAAGGUGAAGAUCAGAGUGCUGAAGGAUGAACCUUUAACAGGUAAUGAGUGGAGGACAGAGGAGCCUCUUAAAGAAGAAGUUACAGCUCCACCUCAUCUCCCUCUGUGUGAAACCUGUUGUUGUCCCCAGACAAAGCAAAGCAGGAUGAGGGGACCAAACUGCGGACAAGGUGAUGUAAGGGCUGAUCAACAGAUGUUUAUUGGGAAUUAUGGAGAAAAGACACGAGUGGAAAUGACUAAAAAGGAACAAAAUAAGGAUGUUAAAAAGGCUUUUGCCAAUUCUCUACUUGGUGGAGAGUAUGAUGAGGAGGAGUCUGCAAAAUCCUUCCAGGAGGCCCUCAAGGAGUGGAGAAACAGAAGGUGUGAUGGGGCCGUAGGACCAGUAACAAUGUGGACUCAAACGGUAUCAAUGUCAGGUAUAGCAGCCCAAGCGGACUUCCUUCCACUGAGAGGCCAUGAAGGAGCAGAAGGAUGGGGAGACAGCAAGGUACCUAUCAAGGUGGUGUUUCCUGAAAGCAGACUUAGCUACUUGGACAGGUUGCUGCUCAAGAAGCACCGCAGGUCUCCAAUUGAGGCUCGUCACCGACUUUUGGCCUCCAAUACAGAUUUAAUAUCUAUGAACAACACAGGCAUCGAAGAGGAGCAGGAAAAAACAAAUAGCGAAGAUGAAAUGUCAAGUGAUAGCUUGGAUUUGGCUUUAUAUGAAGAGGACUCCUCAGACCAAGAGUCUAAUGAAGAUGGAUAUCGUAGGGGUGGCAUAGAAGAAGAAUCCAAACAGGAUUGCGGGGGAACAGAAGCCUUUGAAGCAGAGUCCAGUCUCCAUACAUCACCAGUAAUUUGGAGUACUAUAAUAUUUAAACUAGAAAUAUUGUGUCCCAUGAGGCCCCUUCCAACAACUUAUAAUGCAGUAUAUCCAUCCAUUCUCUCUCUGUACCAUCUAUCCUCAUUAGGGUCAUGGGUGUGCUGGAACUUAUCCCAGCUGAGUUCGGGCAAGAACUGCAAGUACACCCUGAACUAGUUGGACAAUUUAGAAUCUUCAAUUAACCUAACAUGCAUGUUUUUGGAAUGUGGGAGGAAACCAGAGUAUCGGAGAAAACCCACAUAGGCAGGGGGAAAACAUGCAUGUUUCAACCCACAACCUCUGAACUGUGAGGCGGAUGUGCUAACCAGUCGCCCACCGUGCCGCCAUUACAGUACAUGUGCUGUAAAAGUUUCACAGAUUCUAAUAAGGUCACCUCGAAUAGCCUGAUAGACUUAACUGUCCUUUGAAUUACAUUAAAUCUAUGUCAUAACUUUCUAAAAAUGGAAGCAAAAAAUAUAAUUUUACCAUAUAUCAUGUACCAUCUCAAGUGUGACCUAUGUUACGCGCAAACAGAAGAAAUAUUGACCACUACAAAUCCUUAGUAUCACAGGGAGUUCUUGUGGUAGCAAGUCAUUGUGACUCACAAGGAAUGACCAGGGUUAUCAAUACAAUGAUAAGAUUACAAUUGAAAUACUAAUACCAAUAUACAAUCUACAAUAUUUCUAUAAGUGGACUGUUUUCCAAUUGCUCACUGCAGAACUACUAAACGAAUGAGCAUGCCACAGACGUGUCCCUCCUAGACAAUGCAAUAUUUAUUUUCAAAAACACAGUUUUGUAAUUAUUUUAAGCACUUAUGGGGAAGAAUUAGGACAUACUUAGUUAAGAGAUUUUUCAAAACACCGAGCAGGGAGGAAAAUCCACGGACCUUCCUGGUUACUAGUCCUAUUGUCUAUACUGUAACCAGACCCCCUCUGGAACUCAAGUAAGGUUUUUCCAGACUGGUAGAAAGGUUGAACCUUUACAUUGUGUCCAACUUGUUCAGGUAGUGGUAUGUAACGUAAAAUAGUAUUCUGUUGUCAGACAAGUUCUUCUAAUGGUAAAACUUAAAAACAAUACAACAUGUAACAUCCAUUAAGUUUAAUAAAUAGCGCUUUCGGUGAUGAAUUCCAAUUUUUGCUUUAAAUGUUGUCUUAUCAUCACUGUUAGUCUUGUGAAUAUGUAUACGCACACAGAAAAACGCUAAGUUUCGAAUAGUUUUAUGUAUUGGUUCUAGAUUCUACUUUUGGGCUGCGAAACAAACAGUUUUUGCUCUCUGACCUCACAGGGACACCCAACUAGUCACCAUGACAUUAGAUACUCUGACAAAGAUCCAAUACAAAAGUGAAAAGAUUAUUAGCAUAUGAGAUGGCACUGAAAGAUCUACCGAUUAGGUCUUGUUCCACCUGUGUAGCAGUAUUUAUUAUAGUAGAUUGUCUUUACUGAGGGUUCCUACGUCAAUGCACUGCAGCAGUUUAAUGAAUGUCUUUAAAUCCCCCCUUUGAUGAUAGUUUUGGGGAAAUGUGAAAGUGAAGCUAACAAACACUCCUGUGAAUGUGUGAUAAGUAUUUUCUGGCUCAUGUUUGUGUUUGAACUGCCUGUUGUCCUAAUUAUCUUUCCUGUAAUGUGUUUUAUAUAUUUUUUUGUUGUUGUUGCAUAAUGAUUUUCUCUGCAGAUUUAUUUUUGUUAAUGUUAUCCGCACUGUUUGAAAACAUGUUCCAUGCUUCUCUCCCUAUUUGAAAUCCACAUACAACAAUUUUGUUUCUUCCCCCAAACCUGUCCACUUUCCAUCAGUUGUUCCUGCUUCAGGGGCCUCCUUGAGCUGGAGGCUCAGUGGACGUAUUACCGUUAUUUAACUUUAUGAUUUUGUAGUAAAAACCUCUGCUCUUCUCCUACAUACUCCCAUAGCUACGCUGUUAAUGGAACAUAUCUUGCAAAGCUUCGAGUUUGGUCCAGUAGUGGGCAUUAAUAACGUGAGCUGACCAAUCAGUCUUUUGAGGUGCUAGAGAAGGCUGCAAUUGGGAAUGAGUGACAGGGUUAAGAUGGAAUUUUUGCAAAACUACUUGUGAACAAAGUCAUAGCAACAGUUUUAUCGGAACAAUAUUUCCUUGUAAAGUAGUAGAGAGAACAGCACUGAAGGGUUCAUUUUAUUUAUUUUUUCAUGAUAGUCCCUUCCCUUUUCCAAACGGGUUAUUUUUACCUGACAAAUCAUCUGCCAUUGCUAUCAAAGAAAGAAUGAGGGCGCCAUGGCUACACAAGUCGCUUACCACCACCAGGGUGUGACUGAUUGGUUGAUUGAUGGCGGAUUGAACUGAACUUUCGUGUAACUUUAGACGCAUGUCUUUCCUGAAUAUUUUGGCUAAAGUGCGAAUUGUGUAACCUCAAGGAUGUUUGACUCUUCGACUCGUCUGUUCGAGUGCGUGUAUGAGUGUAUUUUUACUGCACUGUGUUCAGGCUGAGCACACAGCAAGGCAAUUGGCGGGUAAAGUUUUAUUAAAGCGCCAUAUAAAAGCUUAAGCUACUUUUAUCCUUCUGAGGAAAAAAGGGAGAAUGUCAGCACAUAAUUAAAUUAGAUGAAAGGCGAGGAAUGAGCGACUUCCUCUUCUUUAAACACAAACGACUUAAUCAGAACCUUUGGGCUAAAUACGAGACAGACGGCUACAAGAUCACGGGGAGGAUAAACAUUCCUUUUCGGUGUAUUUCUCCUUGUCGUCGUCUGUCUCCUCACGUCUUCAUUAACUGUCUGAACUGGCUGAAUGUGCCUUAUCAUAUUUGGUGUAUCGUUGCAUGCUUGUACAACCUAUGAACACUGUUCCUCUUUGGGCUUUUUCCUCUCAUCUCCUGCACCCUUUAUUUCACCACGUUCACUUGCCCGGUCUCCGUGGGCCUUGAAUGUACCUCCGGCAGCACACAUCAGUGUCAGAUUCUGUCGGCCUCAAAUGCACCUUUCUGAAAUAUUAAUUCUGUCACAGAUGUCACUGAUCUGUCACACUGUAUGCCUGAAGAGACUGAUUAUUUUGAAAUGCUGCCUUUAAACGAUUGUUUUGAUGUCUUUUGACAGUUUUCAUCCUUGAAAUAAAUAUCUGGCUACAUCA